AUGAAACGUGUUUUAAUUUUGCUCCUAUCCCUACUCCUUGUCUGGGCUUACGCUCACGGAGAAAGCUCUAAUAUAAUCCCACACAUGGUCGAACGAAAAAAAGAUACGUCAGCGACAAAAAUUUUUUCCCCAAGAACAACAGACAAGGAAUGCAUAAAAUGCCUACCCGAUAAUUUCUGUGAAUGUGAGUGCAGCUGUAAGAACAAAACGGGUUUUACCAUGAAGUAUAGACACGCAAGUAAAGGGUCCAAGCAAGCGAGAUAUAAUGUACCUACGACUAAGAAGAAUACCAACUCGGGACAAUCUACAAAUAUGAACACUAAAAGUUCCAUGCCUGGUGUACGUACGGAGGAUCCCCCACAACAAGGCACCAGCGGGGGGAAUGGAACAUCCGAAGGAACUAACACCCAGGAUGAUAAUAUAAACGAAUGCUCCUCCUCAUGCAAAAGUGUCACGGGUGUUCAAACCGAGGAAUGCAGCUGCUCCUGUUACUGUUAA